GAUUAACAGGUAAUGAAUAUUGUAAACCAACUAAACAUACCAUUCAAUUGGUUGUGAUGAUACGGGAGGUAUAGUUAAAUGUAAAUGUGAUGAAACCACACAAUGGGACUUUGAUAGUUACACAUGUAAAGCUAACACUUGUGAAAAUAAAAAAAUGAAGGAUACUAAAACAGGUACAGAACAUUGUAAACCUAGUGUUACACCACAUUCAACGGGUUGUGAUGAUACGGGAGGUGUUGUUAAAUGUAAAUGUGAUGAAACCACAAAAUGGCACAUUGAUAGUGAAACUUGCAUAGUUCGUGAACAAUGUGAUAGACAAUUAAUGAAAGAUGGAUUAACAGGUACAGAACAUUGUAAAUCAACUAAAACAUAUCAUUCAACUGGUUGUGAUGAUAGGGAUGGUGUAGUCAAAUGUAGUUGUGAUGAUUAUACAAAAUGGGAUAGUGAUAGUCAAACAUGUAAAUCAUAUUAUUCAUGCGACACUGAUGAACAACCUGGAAUAACUUGGAAUCAAUAUUGUGUUAAUAAUCCAACAAAUCAUUUUGACGGAUGUCUAGUUAUAGAUAAUAAACCUCAUUGUAAAUGUCAAGAAAAUUAUCGUUGGAUAGAAACUACUAAAAAUUGUGAUAGAGAUGCUCAAUGUUCUAAUGAAAAAGAGACAGGAAUAACUUGGAAUCAAUAUUGUAUUAAUAAUACAACAAAUCAUUUUAUCGGAUGUCAAGUACUUAAAAAUAAUAUUCAAUGCAAAUGUGAACCAAACUAUCAUUGGAUUGAAUAUAACAAAGGAUGCAGAGCUUAUGCGGAUAUUAAUUAGAAAUAAUAUUAUAUUUCAAUGAUA